UUGUACGUUUUACCUUGAUUCACCUUAUCUGUCAAAUCGACAGGCUGAAGUUAAGUGUUUAGAUAUUACUAGUUGAGAUCACUUAACUUUUAUUUUAUAAUAAAAUGGCACACUGGUUUCAUCGUAAUGUGUUAAAGGCAACGACAAAUCAAAAAUUCGAAUUGAAAGUAACUAAUUCUACUGAUGCUACAAGAAAAUUAUGCAGUGAUUUAAAAUUAUCAAGAUAUCGUCUUUUGGAUUUGAUAAAAAAUCCAAAUAAUUCUAGCGAUACCAUAGAGCCGGCUUUUCACAGUUAUUUAAGUUUGUUAUAUGGAUUUAUAUGGGAAAUAAAUUCUUCCGCUGUACAAGAUCAACAUGUUGGGAGACCCAAUCCCAGUAAACUUAGGAAUGUUCUUGUGUAUAAGUGGACGCAUACAUUAUUGGGAACAAACACCUAUUCAAGCAAUGAUUCUGUUUACGAAGCAGCUAAUAUAAGCGUGAAUGUAGGACUUUGGUUUAUGAAACAUGCUGCAAUGAUUGCUGCUAAAGAUGACAUUAGCAUGAACGAAGCAAAAGAUGUACAUACCAUGCUUAGAAGAGCUGCUGGAAUAUUUACUUUUGUACAAACAGAAUUUUUGCCACAAUUAGCAAAUCCUCCACCAUUGGGAAGCGACCUAGAUCCACGAAUAUUAAAUGCAUAUGUAAAUCAGUGUACAGCAGAAGCACAAGAAGUGACAGUAGCCAGAGCAGUGGAAUUAAAGCAUAAUGCUAGCUUGAUAUCAGCGUUAGCUAACGAAACAAGUAAAUUAUUUUUGGAUGCUGCUAAUACACUACGUUCAUUUAAACCUGACAUUUCGGCUCAGUGGAUUAAAUACUUAGAACUUAAAGCAGCAUUUUACCAAUCAUACGCUUACAAUUAUUGUGGUGAAAAUUUGUUAACUAUGGAUAAGUGUGGAGAAGCAAUUAAAGCCUUACAAGAAAGCGAAGCUUGUUUAAAGAAGGCUAAAACAUUAUGUCAAGAAUAUGGAAAAAUUAAUGGACCAGCACCUAAAGCAAAACCAGAUGAACAUGCCGUAUUUAAACAGUUAGCACCUAUAGUGAAACUAACCCUUGAUAAAUGCAAUCGAGAAAACGGUUUAAUUUAUCAUCAUACAAUACCAGGAGAAGUUCCAGUACUGGAUACAAAAGCUACUUUCGGUUUAGUGAGUCCUAUUGAUUUUCAAAUGCAAUCUCUUCAUCCUGUAUGGAAUUUAGAUACAUAUAAAACAUUAUCUGGCUUAAAUCCUGCAAAGUCAGAAAAAGAACAAAAUUUACUUCCUGUUAAAGAAGAUACAAUUCAUCAGAGCACUAAGGAUCCAAAAAAUGAAAGCGGCUGUAUAUUACAGUAAGCUUGUCAAUACAAAAAUAUAAGUAGUAAAUUAAAUUCGUUGCUUUUUUUAUCAUGCUGAUAUUAAAUACCGCUGUACAAUAUGAAGUAGUUCCAGCUUUUAAUUAAAAACUGCAACAGAAAUUGCAGCCGCAUUUAAAAUAAAUUGCUAACACGUCGUAGGUAAACUUAUUUUCAAAUACAUAAAACAGUAUGUAUAAUUUAACGUCCGUGCAAUAUAUAAAAUAUGUAGAUAUUAUGCAUAUGAUCUACAUAUCACCUUUUGUAUUUUAUAUUUGAUGUGUAUGAUGUUAUUUUCGUUAUUGUAUUAUUUUCGGAAAAAGCAAAGAAGCAUUUUUUAUUAUACAAACUAGUCAGUAUUUAGGAGAAAAGUAUUUUAAAUCUAAAUCGAGUGCAAUCGUUUUUAAAUUUAUACUUGUGCAUAUAAUGGAAAAACGUGACUGUUUUUUUUUUACAAAGAAUUUUGUAUGUGAUAUAUUUUUCAAACGAAAUUCUUAUACUAUACUCAGAAUAUAUCGAUAACAUUGUACAUAAAGAAGUGUACUUUGAAAUUGCGUUUUAUUUUUGUUGAGGCUAUACAAAAUAUGAAAAUAAUAUGUUUACUUCUAAUUUGUACAUGUGCUAAGA